AUGCGCAGCUCACCGCCUGGGUCGGGGUGCCCGUCGUCCACUGAGACAUCCACUUCCCUUCCAGUCCUCGCGGUGGACGGAUCCAUGGUGAAGAAUGGGAGGGAGGAGCUGCUCGUGGCCGCGUGGACGGGGUUGCUAGGCAUACGCAGAGAAAUUCUCAUCCGUAAUUCCUCGACGGUUUCUCCUGAAAUGAAAGACGCCUUGAAGACGGACGGGGAAGAUGUGAGGGAUUAUCUUCCGUGGAAUCCUGCAGAUGAGAAAUGGGAAAGCCUGGGCACUGCAUGCAAGAUCUGCCAAGAUUUCUCAAGCCUAGAAGUGAAAAGCUACGAAAGACGAGGAAACCUGGACAUUCGACAGCACCUCCGCAUUUACAUGGGGGCCGAUGAAGAAAGACCUCUGAAGCAGGCCGCAGAAGAAUACGUGCAGCAGCACUACCCAGAGGCAAGCAGCAGGGCGUAUUCCUUGCCCGAAGGAUACAUCCUGACCAAUCAGAAGUUCAGGGCAUUGCACCAAGCAGCGAGGAAACUUGACGUCGACCUGCCCCCUGAUCAGCUGGCAGUUGCGAAGGUCUUCGAUAAGGUCAAGGAAGCCUUACAGGAUGUCCCAUCGCUCACAGUCUGCGAUUACGCCUUCACAGACACAUUGCUCAAGGGGAUUAAUCAGCAGCAGAAGAAUAAGUUCAUCAAGAAUUUUGGCGUCUCCAAGGAUGGACUUCUACCCGGAGACCAUGAUGUCUUCGGUAUUGGAAACUUCGGGGAGGAAAUCAUCGGGCUCUUCUUUCAGGUCAAAGGGGCCUCUUCCAGCACAAAUCCCAAGGGAAUCCGUGCUUCCCUCCAAAAAGCAACGGAGCAAAUCCAAAAGGACCUCAACGUGUUCAGUACCUUGUGUGGUGAAUUUCUUAACCCAAACGUGAAGCUGGCAGGCUUUGCAGCUUUUCCAAUGCUUUCGAAGUCAGAGUUGGAGAAAACGAUUCGGUGUGAAAAUUGCAGAAUGCGAAUCCUCGCCUCGGAAGACCUUUCGACAGGAGAGAACUUUAAGAAAUUUUUGAAGGGAUAUAGCAUCGUGUUGGAGAAAUCCUCGAACCCGGAUCGGAGUUCCUCUCUUGUGAAAACCUUCAAGGACAUCUUUGACCUUUAUGUCUCCGCGGCGUCAUUCGUGGACUUCCCACGCAACCCAACUCAACUUUACACCACGAACGACGAGCAAAUGCAUAAGAUGCUGGUGAUUCUCACUCCCAAACAAAGGGAACUGGUCAAGUCCCGAGAUGAAGUCCUUUUCAUCUGCGGAGGCUGUGGAACCGGAAAGACCUUUGUUCUGAAGAAAAGGGCGGAGGAGAUGGCCGCCAAUGAUGAAGUGGUGGUAAUAAAUAUCGUUGGAGGACUCUUGACUGAGGAAUUCCGGUGUCACCUGAAAGGGAUGAAAAACAUCAAGGUCUUUGACUGGAGAGAGGAGGGUCUUGGAGAGGACCUUGAAGCAUUAAAGAAGUUUCUGAUGGAAACGGGCCAAGGAAAACACGUUCAGGUGGAUGAAGUCCCGAUCACGCUGGGAUUCCGAGGGAUCAUCACGUCGGAGGCGCUGUCCAAGCACUGGGAGUGGUUCGUGGGGUCGACCCCUCCGCUGAAGUCGAUCACCCUCUCCUUCCGACCGAACGACCAGUCCUACGAGAGGGACUUUCCCAUCCAGGAUGUGAACCCUGGAGGCCGGGAGGUGAGGGUUCUGGAAGGCGUGAAGCGAAACACCAGAAAAGUGGCCGAGUUGUUUCUAGCCAUCGGGGAUUACGCCCGCAGGAUCUUCCCAUCUCUCGAGAGGACCCUUCCAUUGGAUUUAAAGGAGUCUGGGGAGGGAUUUAAAAGAGGAUUCCUCUCAGUUCUCUUUUCCAUUCCCUCUUGUUUCUCCAUUCAUCCGGGCGAAUGCAAGGACGUGAGGACCUGCGAGACCGUGAGGGCCAUGCACGCGAUUCGCAUCGUACACGAGGAACGCUCCAAGCGAUCAACCCCUAUUUUCGUCGUGGUUGAUAACGUGGAAAGAAAGAACGCAAUCGUGAAAGUAACUGCCUCGAUCUUCCCGUCCCUUCCCCUAAUCUUCCUCUUCUACAGCCGGAGCCAUCAUGCCUGGGAAUUCCACGGACAUGGAGCCUCAGAGGGCUCGUCCCCCAUCGUCGUCGCCACCGAAAGCGAAAUGACCGGAUGCCACCCGAAUAACCUGACAAUCGUGGUCGAUCACUCCGGGUCCCAAUGGCAGAACUACAGUCGACUGAUAGCAACGACCGGGGAAAACAAGAUUCUCGUGGUCGAAGAGGAACAGGUGAGAACAGGGAAAUUUUCCCACGUCACCAAGCAAAUCCCAGGUUGGACGAUCAAAGAGAGAGGCGUAGAUGAAGACCUGAAAUUAAGGCUGAACGAAGCCCGGUCGAAGUGCGACGCGCAAAGAAUCGUCAAUUUGGAAGAAGAAGAUUUCCCUCUUGCAACUUUCCCCGGAAUGGAAACAGAUUGGAACAAGAGAGAGGGAGAAGAGAAACGCGACGUGGAAAUAAUGCUGAGAUCUUCCAUCUGUGGGAUAUUCGGUCCCCCAGCCCCUGGAAAAUCCCUGAGAGUGAGCCUGUUCAUCGCCCGAGCGACCGAGCGGGGGGAGCGAGUCGUCUUUCUCCACCCUGGGUACGUGUUGUUCCUGGAACACCGACGGCAACGGGUGGGGAAGGACGAGGUGGACCUGUAUAAAAGCUUCGAUUCAAACAAGAUCAAGAGUUUCCAGGACGUCGUUGACCUAGUACAAGAGGCUCUGAAGGAAAAGGAGGGAAAGGGAAAGAAUAAGAAGACGAAGAAAAAGCAGAGAGAAGAGAAAAGCAGAAAAACGAGUCCCCCAAACAUCGUCGUCGAAGACUGUCCAUUGUUGGAGGAGCUUAACGAUCCCACCGGGAGACUGAAAUAGCUGAUGAAACGGCUGAUACUCACCUUCAAACCUCAUUCCGAAGACGCCUCUGGGAAAGCAGUCGGGAGAAUCAUAAAAACCUUUCGAGAGAGCCCAGACCGCACCGCGAUCGUACUCGAGUCUCAGCCCACCAACGUGCAUCUCCUUAAGCACAUCCAGAAAUACGAGACCGGAAAAGCGCUGAAGUUGGCAGCAGAGAGUCUGUCAGUUUACACCGUGCCCGCCGCCAUCGUAUACGGCUCACCCGUUGAGUACAUCGACUUGAACCAUUACAAGUGUUCGGGCCGACAUUUGGGAUACCUCUGCAGUGGAGACAAGCCAUGCAGCACAUUCAAGGCAGUCGCAUCCUGCGUCGCUCGGGUCGCUCGGGCUGCCCUCGCAGCGACGACAGACCACCAACAAGGGGAACCCUCCAUCCAGGAUGCCCGACCAUCAGCCACACGGGAACCCUCCAUCCGGGAUGUCCGACCAUCAGCCACACGGGAACCCUCCAUCCGGGAUGUCCAUCUGGAGGCGAAAAACCAGGAGCCCU